AUGGAGCAAUCCGAGGCUGUGAAAAUGGUCAUCUACACCAACACCGGCCCGGUGUUGCUGGCCGUAAAUCCAUUUCGAUCGCUGCCUCGGCUCUACGACGCGGACUGCCUCAACCACUUCCUGUCGACCGAGGAUCCGGAGGCGCGCUUGCCGCCGCAUGUCUACCGGACCUCAUGGCAGGCCUACAGGUUGAUCAAGACCACUGGAACCCCGCAGACGAUCCUCGUCUCUGGGGAGAGCGGGUCUGGCAAGACGGAGACCACGAAGUUCGUGAUGCGCUACCUGGCCCUCGCUGGCUCUGGAGGCUCUGAGGCCGCGCUGUCCGUGGUGGAGCGGCAGGUGCUCGAGUCCAUCCCUCUUCUGGAGGCCUUCGGCAAUGCCAAGACCCUGCGGAACGACAACUCCUCGCGUUUCGGGAAGUUCACGGAGCUGCAGUUCAGCACCGCGCACCAUGGCCAGAACGGAGCGGCCCCGCGAUUAGCCGCGGCGCAGACGCACUGCUAUCUCUUGGAGAAAGUGCGUGUGGUUGGCCCCCAGCAUGGUGAGCGAAACUUUCACAUCUUCUACCAGGUCUUGGCCUUCUUCCGCACCCGCCUCUCCGACAUGCCCUCCGAGGUGAAAGGUCUGGCCCUGCCACCAGGCAUGAGCCACGUUCCGGAGGACUACGUGUACUUGAAUCGGUCAAGCUGCUACACCCUCGCCGGUCAUGACGAGGCCGAAGACUUCCUUGCUACCGUGGGGGCCUUCCGUGCCCUGCAGAUGGCGGAGGACAUUCAGAGCAUCGUGGCCUGCACGUUUGCAGUGCUACAGCUGGGAAAUAUUGCCUUCGAGGCGCCGGAAGGAAACUCAGAGGGCUCGCAGGUGAGUGCUGCUUCGAAAUCUGACGGCUGCCUUGCCUUUGCGAGUGACCUGUUGGGAGUGGAGAUGGAUCAGCUCGAGGCGAUGCUCUGCUUGCGGAAGAUGCAGGUCGUAGGAGAGCGCUACGCCCGGCAGACAAUCACCCAGUCAAGGACCGUGGUUCAGGCCAUGGAGGGGCGGGAUGCUUUAGCCCGGCACCUCUACGGCUCAAUCUUUCUGUACAUAGUCCGUCGCAUCAACGACGCCCUGUCCCCGAGCUCCGGGCGACUUCCUGUCUCGGCACAGCCUUAUGUGGGGGUUUUGGACAUCUUUGGUUUUGAGUUCUUCGAAAAGAACUCGUUCGAGCAGCUGUGCAUCAACUUUACGAAUGAGCUGCUCCAGCAGCACUUCAACGAAGUGAUCUUCGAAUUCGAGGCGGCCCUCUACGCCAAGGAGGGUGUGAGCUGGGAUCCGCUGGACUUCCCCGACAACAAAGAUAUUGUCGACCUGAUUGGAAGCAUACAAGCGCCCCGCGGGCUUUCUCUGGAGGGCCUCCUCCCCAUGUUGGAUGAGGAGGGAAACCUCCCUGGUGGCAGCUCCACCGGCUGGUUCAACAAGCUAUCUUCCAAGUACAAGGGCCACCAGAUUUUCCAGGUGGUGAUGCGGAGACGCGGAAACUUCCUGGUGAACCACUUCGCCGGCGCGGUGGAGUACGAAUCCCGCGACUUCCUGUUCAAGAACAAGGACACUCUAUCACCGGAUGCCAUCGAGAGCAUGAAAGCCAGCUCCAGCGACUUCCUCCGAAGUCGCUUUCAGGAGGAGGGUCGCAGCUUCGGCACACAGACGGAGGCGUCCACCGGCCGCGUGACCAAGGCCAAGGCCUACUCCGUCUCCCUGGAAUUCCGGCAACAGCUGCGGGAGCUGAUGGCCAGCGUGCGAUCGACGACGCCCCACUUCAUCAGGUGCAUCAAGCCAAACCCGCAGAACAAGCCGCAGGUCUUGCACAGAAGUUCGGUGGUGGAGCAGCUGAGAUACCAGGGCGUUUUGGAGGCAAUCCGUGUCAGCAGGGCCGGCUACCCCGUGCGGCACCGCCAUCGCGAGGCCGUGCUGGAGUACUGGCGCUUGGAGAAGCCCAUGUGGUCAAGGCUGGAGUUCGAGGUGGGCCGAGGUGAAUACGCCGAAGCUGCGCGCCUCCUCUUCCGGCGGCUACAGGAACGAGUGGCCCACGUGCUGCCCGAUGCGCCAGGGCACGGUCUGCAGAUCGGCCUUCACCAGAUCUUCAUGAAGAGGGAGGUUGCGAGCUUCCUGGAUGCUGCUCUGAGGAAGGCCCGGAUCGAGGCUUCUGUGCGGAUCCAGGCGCACUGCCGGGGUUGCCAGGCACGGCUGCGGUACCGCACUGUACGGCUGGCGACGAUGCGAAUCCAGGCCUUGGGCCGAGGGAAGGCCGCCCGUAGGCUGGCCGAGGAGCUACGAAGGCAGCGCGCUGCCACAAAGUUGCAGGCUGUGCUGCGUGGGCGCCAAGCCAGGCAAGCCUUUCGGACGAAAUGCCAUGCUGUGUCCACGUUGCAGCGCUGGACGCGAGCCCGCUUGGCGAGGCAGCGCUUCGUCGCCAUGGCCUCGAGCGCCCGGCGCCUCCAAAGAUGGUUCCACCGCACCGUGCUCUGGAUCCGGAAGCGGCGCCGCGCGCGGGCCGCCUUGCCCAUCCAGACUGCCUGGCGCCAGCACCUGGCCCGGCAAGAGACCCAGCAGCGUCGCAAGGCCCUGGUGAAAGUACAGCGAGCCUGUAGGCAGCUCCUCCGCCGGUGGCAAUCACAGGCGGCCCAGGAGAUCCGGGAGCAAGGCCUGAUACGCCGAACCCCCCGAACUCCAAGGACUCAGGAGCAGCUGGCAGCUCAGCUGGAGAGCCUUCCUUUGGGCAAGCUCCUGGCCGCCGUUGCCAGCCUGGAGCGCUGCAACGAAGCCUUGAAGUUCGAGGCCAAAACGACUCGCCAUUCCUGCGAUCGCCUGCGGCGGGAGCUGGGGGACAUGCGCAAGAACUCAAUCGCCGGGGUCAUUGGCCAAGUGUAUGGCUGCUGUACGCUUCGGGAGGAGAGCGUGUGA